CGGGUCCCCGUGCGCCGCGCCCCCUCCGCGGCCUCCCCGUGCCUCCUCCCGCCUUCCCCUCCUCCUGGUGACGUCCGGGUCCCUGCCCGUCUGAAAACUCCGCGCCGCGGCGGUGGAGGCGGCGGCGGCGGCAGAGGCAGAGGAGGAGGAGGAGAGGGAGGAGGAGGAGGAGGAGGAGCAGCGGCAGGAGGAGGAGCAGCAGGAGGAGGAGGAGCAGCGGCCAGCCCAGGCGGCGGGCCCGAGCGUGGAGCCCCCGGGAUCGAGCGUGCACCGGGGUGUCCCCGCGCCCCGCUCGCCCCGGGCCGCCUCGGAAGAUGGUGGCGGCGCCGUGCGCCCGGAGGCUGGCGCGGCGCUCGCACUCGGCGCUGUUGGCUGCGCUCACCGUGCUGCUGCUGCAGACGCUGGUCGUGUGGAAUUUCAGCAGCCUGGACUCCGGGGCCGGCGAGCGGCGGCGCGCGGGGGCAGUGGCCGGAGCAGCCGAGCAGCCGCGACAGCAGCCGGCUGCCCCGCGCCGGGAGCGCCGGGACCUGCCCGCCCAGUCGCCCCCAGCCCGCGGAGCACCCGGAGGCGGCGGCGGCGGCCGAGCAGGCGGUGGAGGAGCGCGGGGAGGCGGCCCCGGAGAAGCCCGCGCGCAGCAGUCAGCCAGCCGUGGGGCACUGGCCGCCCAGGAGAGGGAUCCAUAUCCAAGUCCUCUGAUCACCUUGGAGACCCAGGAUGGCUACUUCUCUCAUAGGCCCAAAGAAAAAGUUCGAACCGACAGCAACAACGAGAACUCUGUCCCCAAAGACUUUGAGAAUGUUGACAACAGCAACUUUGCCCCCAGGACCCAGAAGCAGAAGCACCCACCAGAGCUGGCAAAGAAGACCCCCAGCAGGCAGAAGGAGCGUUUGCAGCGAAAGCUGGACUCCCAGGACAAAGGCCAGGGACAGUCAGUCCUGGGGAAAGGCCCCAAGGAGGUGCCGCCUCCCAGGGACAGAGCUGCAGGCAACAGCAGCCGAGGAAAGGAUGCCUCCAGGCAUGCCCAUAGGAAGAGUGGUGGUGGUGGGUCCCCCGAGACCAAGUCUGACCAGCCUCCUAAAUGUGACAUCUCUGGCAAGGAGGCCAUCUCAGCCCUCACUCGAGCAAAAUCCAAGCAUUGUCGUCAGGAGAUCGGGGAGACAUACUGUCGUCACAAGCUGGGGCUGCUGAUGCCCGAGAAGGUGGCUCGGUUCUGCCCCCUGGAGGGUAAAGCCAACAAGAAUGUCCAGUGGGAUGAGGACUCUGUGGAACACGUGCCAGCCAACCCAGUCAGAAUCGCCUUCGUCCUGGUGGUCCACGGCCGGGCCUCUCGCCAGCUACAGCGCAUGUUCAAGGCCAUCUACCACAAGGACCACUUCUACUACAUCCAUGUGGAUAAGCGCUCCAAUUACCUGCAUCGGCAAGUGGUCCAGUUCGCCAGGCAAUACGACAAUGUCCGUGUCACCCCCUGGAGGAUGGCCACGAUCUGGGGGGGAGCCAGCCUCUUGUCCACCUAUCUGCAGAGCAUGCGGGAUCUCCUGGAGAUGACUGACUGGUCCUGGGACUUCUUCAUCAACCUUAGCGCUGCUGACUACCCCAUCAGGACCAAUGACCAGCUGGUGGCAUUUCUCUCGCGAUACCGAGAUAUGAAUUUCUUGAAGUCACACGGCCGGGACAAUGCAAGGUUCAUCCGGAAACAAGGCCUGGAUCGACUUUUCUUGGAGUGUGAUGCACACAUGUGGCGCCUGGGAGAUCGGCAAAUCCCAGAGGGCAUUGCUGUGGAUGGUGGCUCUGAUUGGUUCCUGCUAAACCGGAAGUUUGUGGAAUAUGUGACGUUUUCCACAGAUGAUCUUGUGACCAAGAUGAAACAGUUCUACUCCUAUACCCUCCUUCCUGCUGAGUCCUUUUUCCACACGGUCCUGGAGAACAGCCCCUACUGUGACACCAUGGUGGAUAACAACCUACGCAUCACCAACUGGAACCGCAAGUUGGGCUGCAAGUGCCAGUACAAGCACAUUGUGGACUGGUGUGGCUGCUCUCCCAACGACUUCAAACCUCAGGACUUCCAUCGCUUCCAGCAGACAGCCCGGCCCACCUUCUUCGCCCGCAAAUUUGAAGCCGUGGUGAACCAGGAAAUCAUUGGGCAGCUGGAUUACUACCUGUAUGGGAACUACCCAGCGGGUACUCCAGGCCUGCGCUCCUACUGGGAGAAUGUCUAUGAUGAGCCUGACGGCAUCCACAGCCUCAGCGAUGUGGUGCUCACCCUGUACCACUCCUUCACCCGCCUGGGACUGCGCCGGGCUGAGUCCUCACUGCACACCGAAGGGGAGAACAGCUGCAGGUACUACCCAAUGGGCCACCCAGCAUCUGUCCACCUCUACUUCCUCGCUGACCGCUUCCAGGGCUUUCUGAUCAAGCAUCAUGUGACCAACCUUGCUGUGAGCAAACUCGAGACCCUGGAGACGUGGGUGAUGCCGAAGAAAGUCUUCAAGAUUGCAAGUCCCCCCAGCGACUUUGGGAGACUUCAGUUUUCUGAGGUUGGCACUGACUGGGAUGCAAAGGAACGGCUGUUCCGCAACUUCGGGGGUCUCCUGGGGCCUAUGGAUGAGCCUGUGGGAAUGCAGAAAUGGGGGAAGGGACCCAACGUCACUGUGACUGUCAUCUGGGUAGAUCCUGUUAAUGUCAUCGCAGCCACCUAUGACAUCCUGAUCGAGUCCACUGCAGAGUUUACACACUACAAACCCCCUCUGAACCUGCCUCUGAGGCCUGGGGUCUGGACAGUAAAAAUUCUCCACCACUGGGUGUUGGUUGCAGAGACCAAAUUCCUUGUUGCACCUCUGACCUUCUCCAACAGGCAGCCCAUCAAGCCGGAUGAGGCAUUGAAGCUGCACAGCGGGCCUUUCCGCAGUGCCUACAUGGAGCAGAGUUUCCAGAGUCUGAACCCUGUCCUCAGCCUGCCCAUUAACCCAGCCCAGGUGGAACAGGCUCGGAGGAAUGCAGCCUCCACCGGCACAGCCCUAGAGACCUGGCUGGACUCGCUGGUGAGCGGGACCUGGACCGCGAUGGACAUCUGUACUGUGGGCCCCACCUCCUGCCCAGUCAUGCAGACCUGCAGCCAGACAGCCUGGAGCUCCUUUAGCCCUGACCCCAAGUCAGAGCUAGGUGCAGUCAAACCUGAUGGCCGGCUCAGGUAGCACCGGCCGUGUGGGACUGAUGGAGCCUGAACCCGGCCUCUGAACUUGGGGGAGGGUCUUUUGUGCACAGAGCUCUGCUAGCUGUAGAAUGAUGGAGAAAAAGGGGUUGGAGGCCAGAACAGGGUAGCCUGUUUGGCAGGCUGGCCUCUCCUAGAACCACAGUGGUCUCUCCUCUUCCGGUUGCUCCUCAGGUCCUGCAGGUUCCUGUCUUCCCCUCCACUGACCUGCACCUGUCCCCUGAAAAGUGAGUUUCAAAAUUUUAUUUUGAGCAGCAGAACUUUGUUUACUCAGCACAGUCGUGGGUGGAAGUUCAAGGUGAGGGUGAAAUUCAGGCUGCUCUGGUUGAAGCUGAGGAGUGUGAGGUUCCUUCUCGAAGCUCAGCCCACCAGGUGAUCCCUUUGCCAAGGGCAUUUCCUAAGGUACCUCUUCUGAACCUAAGGGCUCUGCAUAAGCAGUUUGACAAGCACUGCCUGGACCAAGGCGGGCACUCCAGGGAGACCCUCUCCUUAUGUUUAUCUCUUGGUCCCUUUGGCUGGGAAACCCUGUGUCCAUGCUAAAAAGCUACUGAAGGUCAUGAACAUGGGCCUUUCCCAGAGAGGCAUCAGACUUGGAAGAGUUCUAAGCUUCCCACUGGCCUAUCUUGGGUUGAGCUGAUCUCCCUGAAAACCUAAGGUUCAGGAAAACCUUUUGAUGUGACGUGGCCAAGGUCUACCUGGCCACAUGACUGCCAACUUUCCAUCAGUCUAGUCUACCCUCUGCCAAGGCUGUCACAUGGGGUACUAGGAACAGGGCGAGGCUUCUAGAGCCUGAGCAUCAGGUCUCCUGGCUGUCCCUGAGCUGGGAAGCUGAGACUGUGGCCUCUUUGGUACUUGAAAAUUGGAACAUUGGUGACCCUGGCUCUAAAACACACAAAAGAUUGCUUAGAGCAAAACUCCCAAGCUGGACAGCAGCACAGCAACAUCCCUUCUGGUCUGAGAUCAGGCAUCCCAAACCUUUGUGAACUGCACAUUUGGUGCUGUUGGCAGUGACCAGACUUCACAGACCAGACUUCUCCUGCCCAGGAACAAGCAUUUCAGAUUGGGUUUUUAAUUUCACACCCUUCUUUAUUCGAGGUGCCAACAGACUCGUCUUGGCCACGACAUAUAAAAGGAAAGAGUUUCAAAACUGGGAAGGUGGCUCAGAAAACCAAAAGUAUUAUUGUUCACACUGUUUGAAUUACCAGAAUCCCGAGGGUUUCUUUAUCGUGUGUGUUCUAAGGGACAUUAAUGAAGAAAAUACCCUUCUUCCAUGAGACCCCAAGUGGUAGAGUCCUCUGGGAAAAGUUGCUCCCAUCCUUCCUGUAGAGAGCUGGUCUUGAAUUUUUCCCUGUGUGGGUGUGCAGGUGCUGAAGUUCACCUCGGUGGUGUGUCUACUGUGCAGCCCCUUUCCUACCCAGCAAGGCAAGUGUCACAUUGGCAAUGGAGGACUUCGAGAAAGGAAACUAGAUAUUUAUUAUUUAUAUGUUUUAGUCAAUGACUAAUUAGUAGGUGCUGUUUUUGCAGCUUGUGAAUUAUGUUGUCUUACUAACUGAAACUGCCUUUAUUCACAAAAGGCUUCCCCUCCACCCCUUCCUAGUCUGCCUGCCUUUCUCGCUUGUUCUCACUGUUUCUAUCUCUCAGUGUCUACCCUCACCCUUCCAGGACUUAGAAAAAGCAGGGGUAUUAGACACCAUGGGGCAGUUUGAACUAGAGCCAUCCACUGUGAGGAAGUAGAUGCCUUUGGAGUCUGUGGAGCCUUGCUUUUCCUUACACAGGAUAUUGGUCUUAACUGUUACUCUAAAUCCAAGUUUUGGAAGUCCUGAGCCACUCCUGCUCCAACCCCCAGCCCGGGGACAGGGAUAUGACAGGCUCAUGACCUGGGGAGGGAGAAAUGUGCUGCCUGCAGAGCUCUGGGUCCAUUCGUUUGCUCCAAGUUGGACUUUCAGUUUAACUGUGAACCUCGAGGUCGCUAUGGCACAGAGACAGUUCCUUCCAAAGGUGAUGGAUCUUAGGAAAAGGGAGUGCGGCCAGAUCCAGCCAGGAGAGCUUAGGAGAUAGCUGUUGUCUGUGGCAGCCCUAAGGUUAUCCAGUGGCUUUCUCUGAAAGUCUGUAAGAUCUACACUGGUCUUAUAAACCCCAUGGGAAUCAUGAAUCUGAUGCUUCAUUCUUUCAACACCUCCAGCCACUGUUCUGACCAGGGUUUCCCUGGGUAUGUGGAACCCCUAGGGGUCUUCCCCUUAUCCUCCUUAUGAGCAUUAGGGUUUUGUGUCUUCUGCCCUGACAGGUCCCUGGGAACAUUAGGAGCUAUAGACUCUGAGAUAAAGUCCCUUCUGACUCAGUGGCAUUUGUGACCCUUUUCCAUCCUGGAGCUAGUUGGGAAUGGUAGAGCCAACUUACUUUGGGACCACCUUCCUCCUCAUGAACUUCCCUCCCUGCUCCCCACAAUUGUAUUUCUUUGUCUCCUCUGUUUUGGGCUCAGAGAAUAAUUUUGCAGAUGUUGCAUUUGAUAAAAAACAAAUCUCAUCAUAAUUUAAGAAAAGGAAAUGUCCCAUGGAAAAUAGAAUAAUUUCUUUUUUAUUUGUGUUUACCUGCCCAAGAACAAAUUAUUUCUUGGAGCUCAGUGGUCAAGCAUCCUUGAGUAGCUGCCUGAGGGUUUCAGAAGCAUAGAACCACCACCUCUGGAAACGUCGUUACAGUCUGCAGUAUGCAGAAGCAA